AUGGAUACCAAGUUCCAGACUCUACAGAUUGGUUUCACAGACAAAUGCUACCAAGAGUUUGAAGACACAGAAGAAAAUAAGCUCACCUACACAACAAUUUUUAAAGAAUAUCUUUCUUUGGUAGAAAAAUAUAUCGAAGAACAGCUGCUAGAACGAAUUCCCAAACUCAGCAUGUCAGCUUUCAUGACAGUGCUAAAGUACCACAAAGAUGAAGUGUCUGAUGACAUAUUUGAAAUGCUGCUCACAUUCAUGGACCUUCUGGCAUUUAAGGAGAUGUUUCUGGACUACCGAGCAGAAAAAGAAGGGCGAGGACUAGACUGA